AUGCAGCUAGAUACUCAUGAAAUGACGGUUGUCGCGCGCGAGGCUUUGCGUCAUGCUACCAUGCGCUUGGGGGAGAUGCUGCAUGAUAUCGAAGAGGAUAUGAGUAUUUUGCGGGAUCGAGCAAAUCCAUCGCAAAGGAAUGAUAACCAUGUGGGGGAGGUGAGACAGGUUAUGUCUCGGUUGCUCCGAAUUUUGGGAAGAAUCAACAGUAACGAUGGUAACAUGAACGAAGAGUGA